GUGCGAUGGCACUACUGCCUAAGGAGGCAGAACGAUUCGAUGGGCUAUCUCUGCUAUACUGGACCGUCAUGGGGCCUCACGGCAUCAACCGGGCCAUCGAGAGACUGGAGUUCUGCGACUGCAAGAAAGGACUGGGGGUGAAGAUCAUCGGUGGCUACAGAGAGCAGACACGUGAGGAGUUUGGGAUCUUCAUCAAGCGGGUGUUACCGGGAGGACUGGCUGCUCAGGAUGGGAGGCUUAGAACGGGCGACCUCAUUUUGGAAGUCAAUAAUAUGAGUUUAGGAGGUGUAACCAACGAGAGGGCGGUGGAUAUCCUCCGGUCAGCGUCAGCCUCCAAUCACAUGUCUCUGAUGGCUGCCAGGGACGAUGAAAGCAGGCGGGAGUUCAUUGAGUUGAUGAACAAGUAUGGCUCCCACAGCAGUUUUAAAGGAAGCUCAGGGAGGGUCUCCCCUACACAGCUCUCUACAGGAGGCAAGACAGACACGGCCUCCUCCUCUUCCUCCUCCAGAUCUACCAGUCCCACCAGCCAGCUCUUCAGUCCUAAAGAGGGGGUCACAGGACCUCCCUAUACCACUGCCCCCCCCUAUACUGACAGCAUCAUUCAGUUGAUAUGCAUCUCAAAGGGAACAGGCCUGGGCCUCAUCAUCAAGGGCGGAGCGAACCGAGCCGAGGGACCAAUGGUGUUGAUUCAGGAAAUAGUGCCUGGAGGAGACUGCCAGAGGGAUGGUAGACUACAGCCAGGAGACCAGCUGGUAUCGAUUAAUAAGGAGUCGUUAAUCGGAGUGACUUAUGAGGAGGCUCGAAGCGUCCUGACACGCACCAAACUCAGACCAGACCCUACGGUGGAGAUAGCAUUUAUGAGACACAGGACUUCCACCAGUUCUGCUUCCUCCAGCAGUGGCCCCCAGAGUCCUUUCACCCCACAGGGCGCAGCCAGUGGAGGCUCCUCAGUGCCCCCCACCAGGAGAGGGACCCUGGCUGUACUGGGGGCCCUGCCUCCCCCUCGGUCACUGCUCCAGCACAGGAGAACCACGCUCCCUGCAGCCCUGCCUGGAGCUCCCCUGGUGAUGCCCAAGAUCACCUCCACCCUCAACCCCGCCAGCGAGACCCUGCCUUCUGUCAACCUUAGCCAGGUGCGAAUGAGGACAGAACAGACGUGUGUCUCCUCCCCUCCUCAGAGUCCCAGCACCACAGACGCCAAGCCUGAAUCCUCCACUGUAUGGCAGCCAGUCAGCAGUCUCGUACCACAAAGGAAGUGCUCCCUCAGCUCCAUCUGUCGCCUCAAACUGGAGAGGCUGGAGCAGGCUCUGGAUGCAUUGGGACUGAAUCCUACAGAGGCACAGAGACAGACGUUGAGGGCCAGACUACAAACAGACCCUGCUGGGACAGUGGCCUACGCAGACUUUGAGACGCUGACGCGGGAGCUGUUCAAGCUACAGUUUGAGGAGUCAGAGGUGGGAGGUCAGAGGUUAAAGUUCGUGUCAGAAGACCUCUCCAGCCUCCUAGAGUCACCCACCAAAUCACAGUCUUCACUGUCUGACUCUGAUGACCUAGAGGAGAUGGAGAGACUGAGGAAGGACCACAUUGAGGCUCUGAGAGAAAUCAAGAAACUACAGGAGCAGUUGGCAGAGUCCGAGAGACUUCAACUGCAGAUGCAGGGAGAGCUGAACAAUGUCAAACAGGAGGUCAAGUCUGGAGUGGAGGAGAGCCGUGCACUGCGGAGCAGGAUCCACCUGUCUGAGGCGGCCCAGAAGCAGGCCAGAGGGAUGGAGAUUGAUUAUGAGGAGGUGAUCCAUCUCCUGGAGGCGGAGAUAGCGGAGCUCCAGACCCAGAGGACAGAGCAGCCCGGCCAGUCCAGCCAGGUGCAGGAUGAGACAGAGGAACUGAAGAAGAGAGUGGCCGUUCUGGAGUGUCAACUAAGGAAGAACGAGGAGGCCAAAAAGGGUUUGGAGGUGUCCGUGGGUAAACUGCUCAACUUCGUGGAGAAUGUCCAAGACUUCCUCAUUGAAAAUCAAGGACCUGUGAAGAGCUUCAGCUCCGGUGACAUGAAGGCUGGAGCUUCCUCUCAGCUCCUGGGAGCCCGGGUGGGGAAGAAGUCCCAGUGGACGGCCGCAACACUAACCGCAGAGGCUAAAGAACUCACACGGACUGUUAGCGCCAUUCUGGAGGUGGAGUGUUGUAAUUGAAUGGAGUUGCCUUGGAAUUGAAAGAGUCCCCAUUCUGUCUAUCCAGGAACUUUUCUUAGACUUGCGUCAUACUUACAUCAAACUUACAUAAGAUAAUAAUAAUAUAUACCAUUUAGCAGACAGCUUUAUCCAAAGCGACUUAGUCAUGUUUGUAUACCUUUUGUACGUAUGGGUGGCCUCAGGAGUCAAACCCACAAUCCUGGCGUUGCAAGCUCUUCAAUCUAUGCUGCUCAAACUCAACUCUGGACCUCCAAGCCAGUUCCACUGCAUUUUUUCAUGAGAAAGAAACAAUCAGGGACUGAUUUAGACCUGGACACCAGGUGGGUGCAAUUAAUUAUCAGGUAGAACAGAAAACCAGGAGGCUCCAGACCUCGUCGGGUCAGAGUUGAAUACCCCUGCUCUAUACCCGAUAAAGCAUACAAGACCACCACAUCAUACACUUUAUACAAAGUCCUUGUUUAUGUCCAGUAUUGUUUAUACUGUAUAUUGUAUCCUCAGCAAUAAAUGGUUUCUACAGAACACUUGCUGUCUGCUAUUUGGGGUGGCGGGGUAGCCUAGUGGUUAGAGUGUUGGACUAGUAACUGGAAGGUUGCGAGUUCAAACCCCCGAGCUGACAAGGUGCAAAUCUGUCGUUCUGCCCCUGAACAGGCAGUUAACCCACUGUUCCCAGGCCGUCAUUGAAAAUAAGAAUUUGUUCUUAACUGACUUGCCUGGUUAAAUAAAGCUAAAAAAUAAUAAAUAAAAAUAAAGGGGUGGUUGGGGUUUAGGGUAAUAGCACCCACAGUUAGCCUGAGGUGUCAUAAAACCUUUGUAAUCUGUUAAUAAUUGAUGUAUAUUUACAGACAAAUGUUUAGUUAGCUCUUGGAAUUCUAUAUAACAGUACAGAACUGUAAAGUGCAAUACAUUAUGGGGGCUCAAUGGUAUUCCGCUAUUAGCUACAUAGGUUGGCAAGUAGCCUAGUGCUUAAGAGCGUUGGGCCAGUAACCGAAAGGUUAGCCGAUUUGGUGGAAAAUCUGUCUGCCUGUAAGUCGCUCUGGAUAAGUGCGUCUGCUAUAUGACAAACAUGUAAAUGUUGCUAUUCCAAACACAAUGUGCAGGUAGGCAGACAUACCUAACCCCCUCUUUGUAACUAAUCAGUAGGAUUGCAAAAUUCCUGGAACUUUUAUAAAAAUUCCCUAGUUUUCCCAAAAUCCUGGUUGGAGGAUUCCCGGAAUCUGGGAAAAAGCAUGAAAUCCAGAAUACUCCAACCAGGCAUUCUGGAAAACCAGGGAAGUUCCUGGAAUUUUACAACCCUACUAAUCAAACACUUAGUCAAUCACAUUGAUUUAGCAUUGUUACAUGUUAUAUUUAUAAUACUGUUAUUCAACCAUUUCAUUUGCUUUGAAAACUGUCAAAAUAAAAUAAAAAUCUGA